GCUUUCCUUCCUGCACCGUUUCCGUUGCCUGCCGCUGCCCCAUCCGCCAUCCGUCAUGAGCAGAACCACGCUGUUUGUUGCCGGCUUUGGCUCUGGCGUGUCCGCCAGAGAUCUUGGCUUCGAGUUCGAAAGAUUCGGCCGCCUGGUCCGCUGCGACAUUCCGGCCCCCAAGCCCAACCAAACCAACCAAUACGCCUUCAUUGAGUUUGAAGACCCCCGCGAUGCUGAGGAUGCUUUCCAUGACCUCCACGGCCGCAGCAUAAACGGCGCUGUCCUCAACAUCCAGUGGGCUCGCUCUGGUCCCCAAAAGUCCUGGCGUUUCGACGGUCCGCCGCGAGACAGCGGCCGUGACCGACCUCCCCGUUACGACGACCGCGACCCGCGAAGAGACCCGCGCGACUCGGGCCGUGACUACCGAGAUCCUCGUGAGGACACCCGCAACCGCGAUCGACGAGACCCCCGCGAGUUCCGAGACGGGCCUGCGUACCGCCGCGAGCGAUCGCCUCCCAGAUCCCGAGACCGCUCGCGCUCUCCUCGAGGCGGACCCUACCCUCCGGCAGACCGCGGAAACUUUGAGCGAUUCGGACGCGACGACCGAGACCGGCCUCCUCCUCCGGCACGAUCGGGCGAUCGCGACCGUGAUCGAGCCGUCGACCGACGAGACGACCGUGGCUGGUCGGGCGAUCGACCCUCAGCCCCUCGCGAUGGCGCAUCGAACUGGAGCUCAUCCGAGGAGCGCAAGGAUCAGCAAGGUGCACGAGAAGGCUGGUCGAACGAAGACCGAAGGGAUGACCGCCGUGAGGAGCGACGUGACGAAACCCGAGAUGCCCCCAGCGGUGCCCCUGCCGAGCGCAAAGCCACUCCUCCUCCGCCGGCCGACGGCGGCGAGGGAUGGGCUGGUGGCAGCCGAGAUCAGCCGAGCCGGGAGCUCGAUCACGAGCGCGAACGGGAACAGGACCGGCAUGCCGAUCGGGCCACCGGGGGAUCGUCGGGCUGGUAAGAAACACACGACGAACCCAUGUCUGCGACCCUGGUUCUCUCCCCACCCACAAACUUGGUGUGGGCGCAACGCUCUGAUGUCGAGAGCACAUGGAAGGACAGGCGGGCGAGCGAGUGAUUGUUGAGGACAUUGAUGGGCGUGCGGGAUGGACAAUCGCUGGGAGAGAGCGAGGCUCGGAUGUGUCGGCGACAAGCGAGCGAGCCAUCGUGCUUGCAAAUAUUGUGGGGCAGCCGAGGAGGCUCGUGGAGCAUCUCAUCCGUAUGUCUAAAGUGGCGCAAUACAGAUCAUAUCAUAUCAAA